UAUCAUGUACCACUGUGCUCGUAUAUAGUGCGAUUGUCGUUCUUAGAUUAACUACAAGAGCUGGGUUUUGAUGCUUAUAGGAAAGCAAAGACAUGGCGCGAAAUUACUUUGUCAUAGACCUGAUUUGUAAACAUGAUCGCCCAUGAUCUGUAGUGGUCCUCCGACCUCUUGCGAUGGCGGCGGCAUAAUUUUGAGUUCAACAGCUGUUUCUAUCUUCAGCUCUUCUUGAUCAUCGUUGUUCGCGGAAACAGAGAGGAACAGUAAUGUCUAGGCAUUUGAAGUCAACAAGAGCUGAUCAAUUCAAUGCUAAGGUCCAUGGCCUGAAAGAAAUAUUCAACAGAUUGGACAGAAGAACAUAUCCAUUACCCACAGGAAAUGAUGUUGCCAACUACCUUAAAUGGUUUCAGCAAACUUUGCAAAGUUUGGUGAAAGAGACACGCCCUGUAUUAACAGAAGACAAGCAUUCAUUUGAUCGUCAUCAGUACCCCAGUAUGGACUACACAGGACUCUACAAAGCUCUGGAAAAAAUUGUGAAUGUUGUUCCAGUUGUGGAGAUUGGAGUUGAAGCUUUUGCAGACAGUGUGUUGUCUAUCAUGGCAUCAUUGGUUCCUUUCUUGAAAAAGGAAGACCUUAAUGCAAUGCCGAUGGGUUUAGCAAUGACACUUUCAAUCUGGCCUCCGCAAACUCACAACCACAUCAUCAAACUACUGGCUGGUUACAUUCUUCCCAUUCUGUUGGAUGUUUUAGAGCCAGAUGAAGGUGGACUUUGUUAUGCGUCCCUGAGCUGCCCCGCCCUUAUCAUGUCAAUCUUACAGUACUGUCCUGAUUGUAAACAGCAUGCACAGUUUGUUGAAACACUUAUGAGAUUUAAGAGUGACGUCUGCGUGGAUAUUCUCGCUGUGCUAGCCUAUGGUCCCCAGCCAAUCAUUAACUCAGCUGGACAGGUCUUACUUCACUAUUAUCCACUCAAGGAUGUUGGGGGAGCUGAUGACUGGCAGUUUGUCUAUGAACCCUGGCAUCCACCAAACUGUCAAAACCAGGAGUGCACAGUCCCUCGAAAAAAUACACCAACCACAAUUUGCUUGGAUGCCUCAUUUGCCUCAGCGCAGUGUGGCUGUUCUCCUCCAGUGUUUAUCUGCCAGAAAUGUACCGAGGUAGCUGCUCGUGACAUCCCUGAAGAGAAGCUUUUGGUAAAGAUUAUUCAGCCAAUGGGCAAGAUGCGAACAACUUGUGAAACAAAGGAGUGCAAAGGACAAGGGAAGCCUUGCAGUGUCAUGUGUUUUUCUUAUGGCUGCGUCAAAGAUAACAGAUUAAGGCCCUUGACAAUGUGUCAGGCGUGCCACGCCAAUUAUCACAGCACUGGUGACGGGUAUCACCAUGUGACACAGAACUUGUUCCCAGAUCCUUGGACUCUACAGGGCCCAGACCAAGCCUACCCCUCUGAGGCAGUCAUUCGCCUGCUUGGAGAAGCACAGCCUUGUCAGAAAACAAGGAAUGAGGCCAUGGGACUAGUCCAGAGUAAACUCGAGGAGGAUGAAUUUGAAGACGAUGUAGACAAUGACAUCAACAACCGACGUAUGCUGAGUAGAUUGGGUGUGUGGCUUCUAGUCGGAGUAUGCAGUGAACCAGCCAGGUGUGAAUCUAUGGAGAGACUGGGCCGACUAGUGUCCAUGGUGCUGUCAUGGAUCGAGACAGCCUCGACUCUCAGACGAGAUUACGUCGGCGAAUUGUUGAAAAGGCUUACCAGUCAGUAUGUCUGUCGAUGGCUGACGCAAGUUCGAGAUAACAAGUUCGAUUUGUUGUGCGCAUGCCUGUCCCCUGAUCCUCCGGGAUAUGUGAGAGUUGGAGGAUGUUGGGAUACAAUGUCCAGUAAAGAACGGCAGCACAUGGAGGGACUUCAUCGCUUGUGCUGUGCGAUACCUCACAAUAUUGUAACCAGCGAGAUUUGGGAUGUUGUUAUGCCCCAGUGGAUGGAAGCGAUUAAGGCAGAUGUUCAACCUGAAGAGUUGGGAAGGUUUAAAGUGUUGUUAACGAAAAUCUUCGACCCCUUGCUGACACCACAUAAACUUACCCCAGAAAUUACUCUGGGUUUUAUUAAGAAAGCACUUGAGUCUGCUGUACCUCGCCAUCAGGUUGAGGCACUAACGUGGCUUCAGAUUCUAUCACAGUUGGAUAUAAUCAUCCCGCUUGAGAUGCUGCUCAGUAUCUUUAUCAAGGUUGUUCAAAACUCAUCCGAGUUCUCUGAAGGAGUGACCACCAUGUUUCCUUUCCCAACCUUCACGGUGCAGUCACCGAUGACUCCAACCGCUGAGGGCUCGCUUAUUUCAACACCGGUCAGUGGCGUGUUGUCAGAACUAGGCGAGCUAAGUUCAAACCUGUCUUGUUUCAUCAUGGAACUAGAUUUACUGGUUAAACAGGUCAACAUUCAAUAUAUUCGUGACAAACAUGUCCCCAACAGCUCCGAAAGAGAACACAUAAAAAAACUUCUGGAGUGCAUGCUGGACUUGUCCUGGGCUGGUAGCCAUGGCGACCACUCAACUGUUUGUGAUAUGUGUAACAUGACUGACAUAUGGUUCAAGCUUGCGCACAUGUUGCUGGAGACUGUGUUCCCUGAGGGAGUCGCGUUACCAGAAGAUGACGUGUUAAGUCACGUGACGUAUGGGGGACUGUUUAAAUCAAGUGUGUCAAGUAGUAAAGGAAUAUCAAAUAGGAGUUUGUCAUCAAACAAAAGUCAAGUGGAAACAAUCGAAGAAGAAGUCUUUACUGUGACUAAACAAGACCUUCCUGACGUCACAGACAGUUAUCAAGGUGACAAUGAUCCUGAGCCCGCAAAUGUUACCAGUGAGGCUGACACGCCUUCAGAGUUGAGCGAAAAUGUCAUCUCUUUUGCGGCCAUGCGCAGUAUGUCGGCUGGCAUUGGUUCGUGGAGAAGUGCAACAAGUAACAGCAACUGGGGCGCGGUCUGCGAUAAUUUUCCUCAACUGAAUUUGCUGCUUGGUUUCCUUAAGGAGCUCCCCCGCCAGGAGGACCAUAAUGUCCAGCUAAGUAUUUUGAGGUGCCUUAAAGUGUUAGUACUGCGCGGUGAUUACAUGCGGAUCGCCAUGAAUGCCGAUGCAGAUUUCCUGGCUUAUUUACAAGAGAUCUUCUUUAUCCCAAAUAUAUGGGAGCUUCUACAGGCUGAACACUCAGAGAUGUCUCAUCUGUGUGUACAGAUUCUCCUUCACUGUAUCUGUCUUCCUUUUGGAGCUGAAAAACUCUGUGAUCAGGUUGAGAGCGCUUUCUCCGACGAUGAUUGGCGAGAACGGUCAUCUGCCGUGGAAAAAAUCGCCAUCAUCGCGCGUUUUCUCGAAAAAGAACACGUCAAGUCAAACAACAUAACUAUGUCUGCCUUGGCGCACUGUUUUACAUAUUUAGUAGGAGCUGUUGAAGACAUGUGCACGCCAGUGCACCUAAGGGCCGUCUACAUGUUAGGCACCAUAAGAGCCGGCUCGUUAAAGGUCCUUUACAAGUGUAUUGAGCACCAAUAUGAUGCCGUGCCUCGAGACCGUCUUCUGUUAAUCCACACUUGUCGGAUAUUGCACCGAAUACUACCCCUCCAUACCCCCCUUUGUGGAAAGUUCUUCAUCAGUCGUUUCAAACAUCUCCUGAUAGAAAACGCAGAAUUUGUUUCGUUGGGGAGUCCCAGGGGACGAAACGCAUCUGGAACAGCGGCAAUGUCAACGAGUCCUAGCAGUGAAGCGUCUGUGGAUGGAGGGAAUGAUUCGGCAAGAAAAAUCGCUCCUGUUCUGCGUUCUCAACCCAGUACCAGAUCCCUGAUGGCUCGCAGCGGCUUGGGUCAGCUUCGGAGAACCUCUUCGUCGUUUCGUUGUAGCUACACUUUUCGUUUUCCAGGCGAGAGAGUCUCAUAUAACAGACAGGUGUCAACGGGAUCAGAAGGUAAGAAGUCCUCCAGUGGCGGCCGACAGCGGCGGACAGGUGGCUUUGUGAAUCAGUCAGUAUCCAUCGAUAUCUCAGACCGUAUGUUCCUUGGAGGCCGCAUCCAGUCCAACCUCCCUACUGUUCAGGAGGAGGAUAACGAGAGCUCCCGCCAGUCGGUAUCCUCCACUGACUCCUCCUUCAGUCAGCUGCUGAGUGUUGGUCAGGAAGGUAGCAGCAUGGAGGCUGAAGCCACUCAUCAGCUGGUCACGUUGGUCAUGGACUUCCUGAGCUACCCUGGAGCUAACAGGGGAGGGGAGCGGUCAGAGUUUGUGAGGACAGAAAGCUACGAGGUCUUUCAGAUGAGUCAUUACCUAGGCGUUCUGAUGGGAUAUGACAUUAAAGUUGGAGAAUUCACCGGCAAUCCGCGAAGAUUAAGAUUGUUCCCAGUAUUUCACGCCUACAUGGCGGGAAUUGUUCAAGUUUUGGAUCAAAAUCAAGAAUGGGGCAAUGAACUUCUCAACCUUACUCUGCAACUAUUAUUGUUCUGUGCGGCUCCUAAGCCUCAGAAACGAACGCAUGUCCCGGAGUUUUCACUUGUGAGAGUGCCACAAGACAUGCGUCAGACAUGGCUUAUGGCUUGUCUUAUAAUAUUGUAUAAGUAUCCUUUUCACGCAGACUCCCAUAAACGAGAUACGAAGAAUCUCAUUCAAGUUGUGAUAAACACAUUGGAGGCCCAGAAUCACGUUUGUAAGGGACCCAGAGAAGGUUUUCCAAAACGGGCCAGUAUGGCGUCCAUAUUUGGGGAGUCGUUCUCUGUGGGACCAGGAGAUGCGUCCAUUCGAUCAGACCCUCCAGGAAGCCCUCUGCGUCGCCAGAACACCGACAGACAAAUGUCAUUACCCGUCUCCGUGACAAGUAACAAAUCACGUGACGACGAGAACAAAGACAAGCGGCAUGCAGAAAGACAGAUCUCCUCACCCUCAGCAUUUAACACCGGAAAGUUUCCGGAGAAAAUCGAAGAUGAAAAAGAUAAAGACGAGAAACUUUCGGAGACGAACCAUGAUCUCCGACGGUUACCCGAGACUGACCUUAAUGAGUUCGGUGGCGUUAGUUCUUCGGAGCGACAUUUGUCUUCCAGCUCCUCAACCCAGGACAUGUCGGCGUAUACAGGAGGUGCGUUCCGAUCAAUCCCGGCUUCUAGGCGCGAGGAAGACAAGGCUGGAGGAGAGGGGACGCCUGGAACCGAGGACAAAGGGCGGAAAGCUCGUCCUCUCUCGUGGCGUGUUCGCCGCAACACAGGAAGUAAACAAAGUUUUUUCAACUUUUCUUUGCGUUCUAAGAAGUCAACACAUUUAAAUGUCUCCACAGAGUCAACUUGCAGUCGUGAAACACGUGAUGUGAACUGGAGCCGGCCGGGCAGCGUUGAAAGCUCGACAUGGACCAACAGUGUCGAGAACCGAAAAGGUUCAAAGUCCAAACUGUUACCCAGCCACUCGACGCGAUCUUUUGACAGGGUCUUGGAAGGGACCAUUUAUAAGGACCCUUUUGAGGGGGACCUGGAGCUCGACUCUUGCCCUGAGUGCGGGACCUCUCUCGAACAGUUUGACGAGGAGACCCUCAAUUUAUGUAUUGUGGUGCUUUCUACAUUUGCUCAUCAGAGCCCCUCAAUGGCAAUGCCAUUCUUACUUCGAAUGCUGGAGUGUGUUGCGAGGAAGUGUGUGCAUCCUAUGUUUGCUUGGCAAGAGAAAAGUAACCUGCUUAUUCCUGGUUCAAUAAGAGAAGUUGCCAAACAGUUUCUGAGAUGUGUUCUCAUCAAGCUUGCACCGAACGGCAUCUUCUCAGAGCUGUUCCGUAGCUCUUUAAAAGAUGUCACACUUCUCAAAGCUGUUGCAAUCGCCUUGAACGAUUUUUCAUCAUUUGACCAAAUGUCUCCAAUAGCUUACUUGCUGGAGGAUGUUCUUGGGUCCAGGACUCUCAGUGACCGCGUGCUGGCGUUGCUGAGCAACAUGGACACUUAUUUUCAGUUUGCCUCACGUGAGCCCACGAGUGCCUGGGAGAGUCAGCUGUCUCACUUCGAAGCGUUAUUUAGGAAGCUGCCUUCGGUGUUGCAAGAAAAUUCCGAUGUGACACCAACAUUUCGUGUCAUGACUGCGAUACUUAAUGCGGCGAGUUCUUCUUUCAAGAUGUUGCUGCCGUCCUUCGCUCAGUUGAUCAGUUACGCCAUCAACAAGUGUUCUUUUCAGCUUCAGGAUCUGCUGGAACUCUGUGUGAAGUGCACCGAGACUUUUCCCAAGGAGCGUAACAAACUGUUUUUGACUCGUGCUGUUGUGUUGGUACUGGUCCAUGCUGUUAAGUUUCGUUCUUCACUUCCCGACACGAACCUCCAGUCUGUACUUCAGUUUGUCGCUGUAGAUGCAGGCAGCAGGAUCAGUUUUGGUAGCGAAUCUGACAACGCACCUUAUGAUCUGCCGUUUGGGUCACGUACUCGAGCCCUUGAUUGCGUCCGUCAGUACAUUGGAGAAGCGGUUGAAUUUAUAAGGGACUGGAAUUUUACCGCCAGAUCUAGUAAAGAAAACCGCCAACUGAGUGAACCAAACCUGCAUCAGACAACUUUGCCGAUCGAUCUGAAAGCCAGUGUAUCUCAGCUGGUGGCAUUGGAGCUAACAAAACACACAGAAGACAGCAAAAUGCACAACAAGGCACUGGCAUGGCUCAAGAGUCCUCCAACAGCUACACAGUUGGGGCGUCAAGAAUUGCUGGAUUGCGUGACACAUAUGCGAAUGCUAGCUUGGUUACUGCACGGCUCAUUGUCACACUUCGUACAUUGUCGCAAUACUCACGUCAACUGUCACCCAGUCAAGUUUGAAGAGAACACGCAAAUUGCAGACUACGUGCUUAUAAUUCUGUUCAGCUUUGCGGAACAGCUUAAGGAACCUUUGAGCAAGUCUGCCCUAUAUCAUGCGUUUAAUGUUUGUGAGCUGUGGACGCUGUACUGUGAUCAAACCAAGAGUCCUGGCGAAUCGUCGACACAUGCAGCCUCUAUCGUCAUGGAGUUUUGGGGAAAAGUGACUCCAGGAAUUCUGCAUCUUCUUACGCAAGCUAAGGAGCUGACACAAACUGUGAGUCACCACUUCCUGAACUUACUGGAAGCUCUUCAGGAGUGCAAUUCCACCCCUCUACCCAAGCUGUAUCCGAUGUGGUACCCAAUCCUCACUUACUGCUUCUCUCAAAAGCAAUCGGACGCUGCUCAUGCGCGGUUGCGCAAAGCUCAGUCCCGAAAGCGAAUCAUCAAAGAUACGAAGUCAGCACUGACCAAGUGGCUGAAACAACUUCAGUUCAAGAUGGCACUCGCAGAACAAUCACCCGAUAAUUCUUUGUUCAAUAGUAUAUAGACGAUUUUUUUAAAAAUUUCGAUCUGAUAAUGUUGAUUCAAGAAGACGUUCUCUGCUGAAGGAAACAGUGCUCGUUUCAUGAUCAGGCAGUUAUUGCAAGGUACAAUUAGUUAAAAGGCUGAUAGUUUCGAAAGAGACUGUUUGGGGCUGCGUCGGUGGGAGUAACGAAAUAACUUGGAUAUAU